AUGGAAUUUAAUGAUAAGAAAUCAAAUUAUGAACUUUUAGGGGAAUACAAUGUUCAUUCGUUGACCGAGUGCGCUGCGUUGUGUCAAAGUGAGUGCGGCUUCUUUGGUUUCAGCUAUCAAAUGAAGAAAUGCCGCACCCACAAGAAAAGUCUUACGAUUGAGCUGUCUGAUGAGGCCGGUUGGAGAUACUACUCUGAUGACGUUUUUACUAGCACGCCCAAAGAUUGCAAGGAUCUUCGAGAAAAAGGACAAACUAUCACAGGAGUGUAUGAUAUAUACCCCUACCGCACACUAACAGUACCGGUCCGUGUUUUCUGCGAUAUGACCACAAUGGGCGGGGGGUGGACGGCCAUUCAGAAACGCGUAGACGGAUCAGUGAGUUUUGACAGGAACUGGCCGGAUUAUAAGAAUGGUUUCGGUUUACCAGAACAGAAUGUCUGGAUUGAAAACUCAUCAUACCUUUAUGUGUCCAUCACUCUCCAGAAUGGUACAAAACUGUAUGAAAUGUACGACCGAUUCUCUGUCUCCGACGAAGCAGGAAAAUAUCAACUCUUUCUUGCAGGACCUGCCACGGGGACCUUAGGUGCCAGUAUGAUAGACACCGGGGAUUCUGGGAAUGAACUAAUUAUUUAUUGUUUCUCUUUCCCGCACCCUUAG